AAAUAAAUAAUCGUGGCAAUAUCAACUCGUGGCACGCUAUAUAAGCAGCUCAUAUACCCCCGCGCCCCCUAUCUAGGGUUUUGGGACUUGUUUAUUAGCUCUGAACUCAUACGCCGUCGCAGGUGGAAGAGAGCUUUUCCAAAUCUGAAACCCUAGCCAUGUCGUUGGUCGCAAAUGAAGAUUUCCAACACAUUCUUCGUGUUCUGAACACGAAUGUAGAUGGGAAACAGAAGAUUAUGUUUGCCCUAACCUCCAUCAAAGGUAUCGGUCGCCGUUUCGCCAAUAUCGUCUGCAAGAAAGCCGAUGUUGACAUGAACAAGAGAGCUGGUGAACUAUCAGCUGAAGAACUUGACAAACUUAUGGUGAUUGUUGCCAAUCCCCGCCAAUUCAAGAUUCCAGAUUGGUUUCUUAAUAGACAGAAGGAUUACAAGGAUGGGAAGUACUCUCAGGUUGUAUCCAAUGCUUUGGACAUGAAGCUGAGAGAUGAUCUUGAGCGGUUGAAGAAGAUCAGAAAUCACCGAGGUCUCCGUCACUAUUGGGGUCUUCGAGUGCGUGGGCAGCACACCAAGACCACUGGACGCAGGGGAAAGACUGUUGGUGUCUCGAAGAAGCGAUAAUUUGCUUUAUCUAAUUAUUUUUGUGUUCUCUGGCUUUCUGGAUAUUUUACAUGAUAUCAGUAUUUUGAACUUUAAAAGAAGUUGGCAAGCCUUAGAAUUUUCAUUUCAGUGAAGUUGCAAUUUUGUACUGCGGAUGCUACUUGUUGCGUUUGCUUAGUUGGAUGCACUUAUUUUUAUCUCAA